UGCCCAGUGCGCACGCUCAGAGCCUUCCUCCACACCCCGCCCCUGCAGGGCGCGCGCUGGUGACGUAUAGAGUCCGCGACGCUUUCGGCGACCCGACCUCUGGGUUAACCUAACCUCGGAGCCAUGGCCUCUGCUGGGGUGGCAGCCGGGCGACAGGCAGAGGAUGCAUUGCCGCCAACGUCCGACCAGCCGCUGCCUGACACCAAACCGCUGCCGCCCCCUCAGCCGCCGCCUGUCCCUGCGCCUCAGCCGCAGCAGUCGCCGGCGCCACGGCCUCAGUCACCUGCCCGCGCGAGGGAGGAAGAAAACUACUCCUUUUUACCUUUGGUUCACAGCAUCAUCAAAUGCAUGGACAAGGACAGCCCAGAGGUCCACCAGGACCUGAACGCCCUCAAAACCAAGUUCCAGGAGAUGCGCAAGCUCAUCAGCACCAUGCCCGGCAUCCACUUGAGCCCUGAGCAGCAGCAGCAGCAGCUGCAGAGCCUCCGGGAGCAAGUCAGGACCAAGAACGAGCUUCUGCAAAAGUACAAGAGCCUCUGCAUGUUCGAAAUCCCCAAGGAGUAGAGUGAGGCCGACUUCCUGAGAAACAGGGGGAAGCCAAUGGCCUGUUUCCCCACUGCCAUCCCCAAAGGCUCCUUGGUGCGUGGUUCCUGUGGACCCCAGCUCGGAACGUCAAGGUGCAGGGGCGGGGCUCCUGUGCUGCUGCGCGCCCGUCGCCUGUGCGGGAGCCAGCACCGAGCUUGGCUGCGCUGGGGCUUCUUCGUGUAGAUCCAUAUGUCUAGAUGCAUAAUAACUGGAGUGCCUGCUGGUGAAAGUCAGAAUGCUCCUAGAGGCAGCGGAGGGGGUGGAGGGCUCUUCCCUGCCUCUGGGGAGGGGGCCAUCUGCUGCGCCGGGCUCCACUGACAGAUCUGAAGAGCACAGUAGGAAGGGAGGGAGCUCCUCUUUGCUUCCUUCCCUCCCUCUCUUCCCACCCCCAUAGGAUCAGUGUGUACCAGGUACACAUUGUUCCCGUUAACAGCAGCUUCUUGAAACAUUUGCAUAGAAUUCACUGGACGAAGUAAACUUGGUGCUCAUCUUGCGCUCAUAUGGCGUAGAACUGUGAGAUAAUGUUUUGAAAGGCCAGAGGGUGGCCUUUUUCCCAGUUUGGUUCCUUUUAUGUUUGAGCCAGUGAAUGGAACUAUAGCUGUGGGGGUGUCAGCCCAGAGCCCUGCCAGGCAGCCCCUGGCUCCAGGUUCCCUGCCUCCUCCAGGUUCCCUGCCUCCUAGGCUCUCCUCGCCUUCACCUCUUGCUCCCUUCCUCGCUGGUCACCCUCAGUCAGUGCCCAAGAGUGGCGAAAACGCUUCACAUCUGCAGUGCUUCCCCAGGGUUGACAAGGGGCCAUCCUUUCCACGCAGGCUCGAAGAGGUCUUCAGGCGAACAGACCUUCCCCCUUCUGGCAUUUCAGAUUCCCAUUGCUCUGGUUAAAAGGUCUUUUCCUCCUGGCCUUUGCACUUGUGGCAGCAACAUGUACUACACUGCAGAGGGGUUCACUAUGCACCUUGUGUUCAGAGAGAGGCAACCCUGGGGGCCAGUUCAGGUGGUCCCCAACCGUGAGCUAGGUCUGAAAGUUACACAGCCAAGUUUGAGCUCUUAAAAGUUUGUGAACAGGCCGGGUGCGGUGGCUCAAGCCUGUAAUCCCAGCACUUUGGGAGGUUGAGAUGGGCGGAUCACGAGGUCAGGAGAUCGAGACCAUCCUGGCUAACAUGGUGAAACCCCGUCUCUAC